AUGAAUAAAAAUUCCAUUCAUAAAUUAUACAAAUUUGUUAAGUUCCUUUUAAUUAUCAUUAGAAAGAGAGAAAUACCAAAAUUUCAACUUCUCAAAUCGUAAUCCUAUUACUAUAAUAAGUUUCAAAAAUAGAAAUCAAAAAGAUGAAACAUAAAUUGCCUAAUAUUUAUAAAAAUAUAACUAUUGUCGAGAUAUGAUUCAAAAAGAGGGAUUCCAAAAAUUUUAAAAGUUUUGUGAAUUCUUAUAUCUAACCAUAAGAAAACCAGGAGAUAUUUUACUAAAAAAAGGAGAUUUGGGAUAAAAGUUUUAUUUAAUUUUAAAAGGAACUGUUUCUCUUAUAUAUUAUAACCCUAAGAAUAAAAAGGCAUUAAGACUCUUAUAAGAUGAAAAAGUAUUAUUUAAUAAAUAAUAAUAGGAUUGUACACCAAAUUAUGAAGACACAACUUUAUUUUAAAGUUAUAUAUUCAAAGAACUUCAUGUAGGUGAUCAUUUUGGAGAUCUUGCAUUAAUUGAUGAAGGAAUGGUGUCAUCUACAAUUAUUUGUAAAACUGAUUGCGAAUUUGCUUGUAUGGAUAAAUAGCAUUUUUGGAAAUUUGUAGGGAAACACAUUUCUUUACUAGAUAAAAUAAAAUUGCUUAGAUAAUGUUCUCUCUUUGAAGUAUGGACAGAUAGUGAACUAAGAGCUUUAAGUUUCGAAUUUCAUUUUAAAACAUUUCAUCAUAAUCAAAUUAUAUUUUCAUAAGGAUCUGAAAAUGUUACUAUUUAUGUGGUUUCAUCUGGAUUUGCAGAAUUAAUGAUGAUUAAAAAUGGUCAACAAUAUCUAAUAUCAAGAAUUGAUUAUGGUUAAGCGUUUGGAGAUGAUUUGUAAAUUAAUUAAAGCACAGUAAAAUGUGGAUCUCCUAAAUUGGAGGUUUAUGCUAUUUAAAAAUGUAGUCAAUUAUUUAAUUGUAGAAAUUAUUUAUAAAUUCUUUGAUCAAAGAAUAGAACUUAAACAUUUCUAUGAAGAAUAAUCAAUCUAAAAAAGAAUUUGGAGAUCAAAAAGAUUAGAAUAAUUAAUUUAAAUGGAAUAACUUAGAUAAUAAAAGGAAUUACAUUCAAAAAAAUCAAGUAGUAUUUAAAAUGAAGCAUAAUAAUAAUAAUAAAUUAACAAUAUCAAAGAAUCUAAAACAGUAUCUGUUUAAACUAGUUGUAUAAGAAGAAUAUCUAAUUAUGUUGACAAUAUGGAUUUUGAAUAAAAACAAUAAUAGAAUAGAUAAAUUCUAAUAAAAUUUAAUAAAAUCUCUCCAAAUCAAAGUGUAGAAUAUUUAGAAAUAAAUUAAUAAAAGAAAACAAGUUAAAAAAGAAAAAAGGAAUAAUAAGAGUAGAAUUAAAUAAUGUCUUCAGUCUCAAAAUUGUUACUAGAAUAUAGAGCUAUUGUUCAUUCUUCAAAACUUAAAAAAAUUAAAUCUUCAAGGAGUCUAAGUCAAAAUUAAUAAGUAUCUUCUUUGUAGUCUCCUAAAUCAAGUAAUGGUACUACAGGAAUUAAUUUCUUUAUUACUCCAAGAAGAAGACAAUUUUUAAUAUAAGGUAUACCAUUAUAAAAAUGAUUAUAUAAUAAUAAUGUCAUAAAGUGAAGAAAAUGAUUAAUUCCAACAAAUAUUAAAUUCAUUGGAGAUAAGCAAACGAAAAAUGAGUAUUUCUGUACAUCAAUCUAAACUUUUGGAAGAAUCAAAAAGUUUUAUAUUCAAAAUAUACUUUAUUAGAAUAAUAGAGCAGAAGAUUUACUAUGGAGCUUCCAAAAAAUUUAGAGGCAUCCCAAUCUCAAAAAGAAAGAAUUAUCACCAAUCAUCUUUUGAAAGAUAUAGCCCCCUUAGAUAAAUAGAAUGAUGAAAAUCUAAAAAUUCCUAAAGUACCACCUACAAAUAAAAUAAAAACAAACAAGAAAGCAAUUUUAUUAUUAGGUUAAAAGUAUCAUAAGGAUUUAAAUUUCUAUUUAAAAACAAUGGAACCUUUGGAUUUUUAAGAAUUGUAGUAAUCUAAUGAAUUGUUAAUAUAAAAUGCAUUAUGUGCUGGUAAAUAUGUAAAUGACUAUGGACUAUUUUGUGUCUUAAAAGAAGCUCUAAACAAAAAAAAUAUCAAGACAAUCAUCCAAUAAGAUUGUAUACUAGAUGAAGAUGGUAAUUUUGCAGGCAUUCCAUAAAAUACUAAAAAUUUAAGAAAAACAUUGGGUUUAUAGGAUUUGCAUUAUUGUAGUGGAAAAAUUUCUCUAUUAAAAUUUCAUAUAAAUAAUAGAUUUAAUUUGAGUAAUUACUUAUUUUGGUCAAAAGAGUUAGAGAGAUUAGAUAAGAUUAUAAAGGAUAAUCUUAUUAGUUAAGAUUAAUAAAUAUUAAUGAUAAGAAUAGAGGAAACUUAUUUAGAAUUUACUAUUCCUGAAUUUGAUGAUAAUCAAUCACCAUAAUUUUUAUCAAAAUUGAAGUAAUAAAAUUUAGAUGUUUAAGUCUUACCAUUAAUUACUCAUUUUACAUUUAGAUUGUCUGACUUAAAUCCAUGGAUGAAUAAAGAGAUAAAUAAAGAAUGGAAAUUGUUUUCUCUUUAAUGUGAUCAGUAAUAAUGUAUCGGUUAUAUUGAUAUGAAUUAACCUACUAUAUUUAAUGAAAUUCCUAGUUCUAAAACUCUAGCCAUCAAACUUUAUGGCGAAAUUCAUUAAUAUUAACUAGUCUUGUAGAUGAGUGAAAAAUAAGUGAUGGGAAUUUUAUUAAGAGACAAAGCUUGA